AUGAAGUUUCCUACAAUCGAACCUGAGGACAAAUUUCCUCGUGUCCCAAACGCUCUUGCAUUCAUUAUCUACCGAUUCCUGCCCAUUUUCUGUCUUACCACAUUCGCAUGCUGGUUCUUUCAGAGAAACAGUUUCUUUGUCAGUGAAUGGGAUACUUACUGGGUGCACGUCGCGAUGUUAACUGCGACCUUUAGCGCCAUUGGUGCUCGCAAUAAUGAUAGGAAGGGAGUAAAAAGUUGUCACGAUUCUAUCUUAUCCAAAGACUUCUCUCCGUCUGAAAAGCUUUCUCAGGUUCGACUGCUUCUCGAAUCUUAUGAUGAGAGUAGAAGUCCCAACUUUCCUUUCGGAUUUCGUAGAAAGUCAUGGACAGCGGAACGGAGAAAGAGGGAAAUUCAGCUCCAAAAAGAACGCUUCGCAUAUAUUCUAUCUGGUUCACGACAAGGAAUUCCGAAUUUAACAUCUGUUCAAGAACACAUCUAUUUGUGCUCAAUGUGGUGGGUGACAUCUGGCCUCAUUGUUCGUGUUUUCCGCCCUGAAAUUAGAAGCUGGGACCAUUUCCUCGGGUACUGGACGUUUGGAAAGAUUCACCAUAUUCUAUAUUUCAUCUGCAUCGUAUUUCUGCUUAGUCGCUUCGGUUUACAACAUGGUGUAUGGACUAGCUGGAAUGUAGCAACGUUGGGCCCCACUGCCGAAUGUGUCCGUUACUACUGCGGAAGUAUUGAUUACGAAAGGGCCACCGAGAGCAAGCGUAAGGAGUUGGAAUGGUGGAUUGAAGGGUUAUUAAGGGACAACAGCGAUUCAUUUGCGCUGGCAGAAGAAAGAAGACGAAUCAUUAUUGCUCCUCUACAAAGGAUGAUUUGCGAGAAAAAGUUUUGCGAGGGACUUACAAUGGCCGGUAGAGUAAGAGGUUGUGAAAGGCGUGCAAUCUGUAGCGAUUGUGAAUCUGCACACUGUUGUCUAUCAAAGAGUGUCAAACUGCAAUAG